UUCGCCGGCGGCUCCAGACGCUCGGAAGCGGCGGGUUAGCUACUUCUACGAGCCUUCGAUAGGCGACUACUACUAUGGACAAGGGCAUCCGAUGAAGCCCCAUCGGAUCCGAAUGGCUCACAAUCUCGUCGUCCACUACCAUCUCCACCGUCUCAUGGAGGUGUGCCGCCCCUACCCCGCCUCCGCUGCUGACAUCCGCCGCUUCCAUUCCGAGGAUUACGUCGACUUCCUCGCCUCCGUCACUCCCCAAUUCAUUGCUGCAUCAGCAUCCACUUUUGGCGCGAGCGUUGCUGAUGAUGGCAACAGCGUUCACCCGUUUGAGUCAUCGUCUUCACGGCAGCUCCGACGUUUCAAUGUCGGCGAGGACUGCCCCGUCUUUGAGGGCCUCUUCGAGUUCUGCCAGGCCUCUGCCGGCGGAUCUAUCGGCGCUGCUGUUAAGCUCAAUCGCGGUGACGCCGACAUCGCCAUCAACUGGGCUGGGGGCCUCCAUCACGCCAAGAAGUGCGAAGCCUCGGGCUUCUGCUAUGUGAACGACAUUGUCCUUGGGAUACUCGAACUGCUCAAGUUUCACAAGCGUGUACUAUAUGUAGACAUUGAUGUCCACCAUGGGGAUGGUGUUGAGGAGGCUUUCUAUAUAACUGAUAGAGUCAUGACCGUCUCUUUCCAUAAAUUUGGGGACUUUUUUCCAGGAACUGGUCAUAUCAAAGAUGUUGGCUUUGGAGCUGGAAAAUAUUAUGCUUUAAAUGUUCCACUUAAUGAUGGAAUUGAUGAUGAAAGUUUCCAGGGAUUAUUUAGACCUCUGAUAUCGAAGGUCAUGGAAAUAUAUCAACCAGAUGCUGUAGUUCUUCAGUGUGGUGCAGAUUCGUUAGCUGGGGAUCGGCUAGGUUGCUUCAAUUUGUCUGUGAGGGGUCAUGCUGAUUGCUUAAGAUUUCUUAGAUCUUUUAAUGUGCCUCUUAUGGUUUUGGGCGGCGGCGGCUAUACAAUGCGGAAUGUUGCCCGUUGCUGGUGUUAUGAGACGGCAGUUGCUGUUGGAGUUGAGCCAGAUAAUAAGUUGCCUUAUAGUGAAUAUUACGAGUACUUUGGCCCUGAUUAUACCCUACACAUAGAACCAAAAAAUAUGGAAAAUAAAAACUCCUUGAGCGAUCUGGAAAAAAUCAGGAAUGUGCUAUUGGAGCAUCUUUCAAGACUGCAACAUUCCCCUAGUGUUCCGUUCCAGGAUAGACCACCAAAAACAGAGUCUCCUGAGGAGGAAGAGGUGGAUAUGGAUCAGAGGCCAGCAUGUAAACUUUGGGAUGGUGAGAGUUAUGAUUCUGAGCCGGAGGAUCUGGCUCCACACUAUGGUGAUAUUGUGGAAAAUCAUUCUACACCAAAUCAUGACAAAACUGAAAAUACGGCUGGGAGUGCUGUGACAAUAUGCAAACUCAACUCCUCCCGCUGAUGAAUUAUAUGGAAGCUUUUGUGGUCUAUACAGCUUUCUCAAAAGCAUUAAUCUCCAUCAAAAAUCGUAAUUUACAUUAUUACCCAGCCUUCUUACUUGCUUUUAACUUUAUAAAAUAGGUUUUGGCAUGUCAUUUGUAACACCAAGUUUUCUCUCAUCUUGAAUUUGGUUUUCUGUUUCCGGGAAGGUUUUAAGCUUCUGUUGCACUUUCAGUGCGCUUAAAAAAAAAAAGGCUAAAAAAUUUGGAGGGGUCUAGGGGUGCAAACGAGUCGAGUCAAGUCGAGCUUUUAUUAGCCUUGUCAAACUCAAGCUCGGCUUGUCUGCCUAAUUCUAUGCUCGAGCUUGAAUGGUUAGCUUGAGCUCAGCUCGUAUUGGUAUCCAUUAGCUGGCGAGCUCAAACUAAAAAUUUAGAUUUUACAGAAUCUCAUCGGAGAAUGUAUUGGUGGCCGGAGGAGUAUGCAGCGGCAGCUCAAAUGUAUCAAAAUGAUUAGAAUUAGGUUAAUUGAUACACAACUUUAAUAUUUACAGAAAUAGAUGCACAAAGCCUGUUUAAUAACAAAAAUAACCCCUUUUUAUUUGCCUU